AUGACAACAGCCCCCAACAAGUGCAGGCGCAACACCAGCGAUGCCUUUGUAUCAGCCUCGUCAAGCCAGGAGCACGACUCGCAACAACGCCCAGCGAAGGCACCGAAGGCACCGAGUCGUGGCCAGCCAGAAAAAGAUUGUGGCAGCACCGCUGUCCCAUGGAUCAUCGACUUCCUAGGCGUCGACGCGCGCUUCCUGGCUAUAUUCACAAAGCUCGCUUACCCCAGGCUGCUCGAAGAGAUGGACAGCUCUUAUCACUUCAAGGGCAGGCCAGAAGACGGUGUAGCUAUGUGUCUUGGCAUCACAUCAGCCCUCGUCUAUCUCCAUGACACAAUGCGGAUUCGCCAUGGCCACAUCUCGGCAAGGACAAUCCUUUGGGGAGGGGAUCGGCCCGUUCUUGUGUAUUCCAAGGUCGAUGCGAAAGAAAAUCCUGGAUAUGACCCUCCCGAGUCCAUCUCAGGCCUGUUACAUCCAAGGGCUGAUUCCACCACCCGAAAUGGAGAAUGA